CCAGGAGGAAAAUCCGGGAAACCAGUUUUUUCAAAUCCGUCCUGAGUUUAAAGCUGUUCAUCUGAUAUGGCUACCGUAGAGACUAAAAUCCAUUUUCUUCUUCUCCAAUGGGGAUUCAUCAUAGCUAGCACAGUAAAUUUGCUAGUAAGCGAAUGUGGAGGACCGAUAAAUUGUCUUCUUUAUCCAUUUUUGUGUGGAACACUUCCUGUUGGCUGCUUAUUGUUGGUUCUAGAGAGGUUUGAAGAACAUUCGACAGAUGCUGUUCCCCAAUUGGAAAAUUUAAAUGAUCUGAUUGAAAGUAAAUCCAGUUCUAGUUCCAGCUCCAGCUCCUCUGAAGAUGAUGAAAAUGAUGAGAAUAACACUAAAACUAUUAAAAAAGUUUUAUUUACAGUUCCGGAUCCAAAACAGAAGUCUCCCAAGAAGUCUCUACCUAAACCAAAAAUUCAAAAACGAAACGCCAGGUUGACUUCUGAUCAGAUGAAUUUAUCUCCUGCUUUUCGAAAAUUGUUCAAGGAACCUCAAAAUUCUCCGGCCAAGACCAAAAAAAAAGACCACACGAGAUUGGAUAUCAGAAGCCUUGCCUUUUUUUCCAAGAAAAUAACAGACCUAGAUCGGACUCAAAAAGCAGUAAAUACAAAUUAGUUCCAACGUUUUGAAAUUUUUUCCUUUAAUAAAUUUCAGUAUUAUUAAA